AUGAAGGCAGGCGCCGAUGCCUUCGCCGACAGCCACCACGACGAAGAAGACCCAGAUGCCUGCAAACUCAUUCUCUACUACAUCGUCAAAGGCUCAAUGCCAGACAUCGAGUUCCUUACUCCCGAGGCCAACACUGAAUAUCAAGAGCUCCUGACCGUGGCAUGGUGCUUGUGCCAUAAGCACGCCAUGCCGAAGCUGCAGAACCUCCUCAUGGCUCAGCUCCUGGUUCUGAUACAAGAGGUGUACACUGAGCUGGAUGACAUCUCGGCAGCCUUCAAGAAGACCCCAGCAGGAUCAUCGUUGCGGAAGCUUAUGGCCGAGCAGCUGAUGUGCCGUAUCUGCAUGGGUGGAUUGGAGGAGUGGCAGGUGCUUGAGAAUGUCAGUGGUAUCGAGGGAGCGAUGGUGGAGAUCGCGGACGCUUCGGGCGCCUACCAUCGGGACAACGCGGUGUGGAACGAUCGUGCAGGCGAGCAAAAGAAGCAGGCGUAUAUGGUCGAGGAGUGA